AUGGAAAAACCUCGACUAUCUAUCGAAACUAUCGGAAGUUUAAGUAACGGAAGUCGAGUUAACGGGAGUCCAACUAUCGGAAGUUCAACUACCGGAAGCCCAACUACCGGAGGUUCAACUAUCGGAAGUUCAAGUAACGGAAGUCAAGUUAACAGAAGUCCAACUAUCGAAAGCCCAACUACCGGAAGUACAACUAUCGGAAGUUCAACUACCGGAAGCCCAACUACCGGAGGUUCAACUAUCGGAAGUUCAAGUAACGGAAGUCAAGUUAACAGAAGUCCAACUAUCGAAAGCCCAACUACCGGAAGUACAACUAUCGGAAGUUCAACUACCGGAAGCCCAACUACCGGAGGUUCAACUAUCGGAAGUUCAAGUAACGGAAGUCAAGUUAACAGAAGUCCAACUAUCGAAAGCCCAACUACCGGAAGUACAACUAUCGGAAGUUCAAAUAUCGGGAUUCAGUUCUGUUCUGUGGUGGAAUUCAAGUUAUACACUAUAACCAACAAACCCCAAAGAUAUAGGCGGUGGUAUUCUGACUAA